AUGGAAGCCCGCAGCCAGAUACCUAAACCUCACAACACAAAUAAAGUGCAAAUCUCAGGUUAUCCUCCCUACACACAGCCACAAGAUAUUCUGAAAGCAUUCACUCCAUAUGGUAAUGUUACAAUAGAUAAAUUGACAAAUAAGCUUGCAACCCUAAACUUCGCGAACGAGGACGAUGCAAAGGCUGCUAUACAAGAUUCAAAGAAAAUAAAUGUAUACGGGGAAUUCCUUACUGUGAAACCUUUCCAAGGGAACAGCCAAUCGGAGCCUUCCACACCGAAGAGGAUUUUCACAAUGACUAAACAGAAAGGAGUAAUAAUAGACCCGCAUUGUAUUGAUCUGUCCGGCGAUUUCCACGAGCAGCUGGACAACAUAAUGGCAGCGGUACGGCUUACACAGGAAGAGGUCACCAAGCUCAGCACACUCUACACCGACCUAGAGGAAAUUCUAAGACAGCUUUGGCCAGGUUGCAUGGCAAUGCCCUUUGGCUCAAUCACCACGGGUCUUGGCAUUAAAACCAGCGACGCGGACUGCUACGUUGACAUUCCCCAUGAAUUUAGACACCCCAAUGUUAGUUACGUAAGCAAAGCUAAGCGGAUCUUACAAGGUUACCCCCAUCUCUUCGCAGAGCUUAUCGCUAUCCCCCGUGCUCAUACGCCAAUCGUCAAAUUUUUCCACAUACCCACACAAACUAACUGCGACUUGACAUUCAAAACACCACUGGGAAUGCAAAACAGCAGACUGAUAGCGUUCUUACUCCAUGCCGACCCCAGGUUCAUUCCCAUGGCGGUUGUUAUCAAGUAUUGGGCCAAAAUCCACGGUUUCUCCGGCACGGGAAAACUGACAAAUUAUGCGCUCACGAUGUUGAUAAUUUUCUAUUUACAACUAGACCCAAUAUCGAUACUACCGUCAGUGCAGUGGCUGCAGAAAGACCCGGCCAACGAAUGCAUUAUCGAUUUUUGGAAUACGGGAUUCAUAAAACAGCCCGAUUUGCUUCCGAAGUCGUCGAACACCUCCUCAAUAUCGGAACUGCUCGGCGGUUUUUUCGAGUUCUACUCGACCUUCAAUUUCAAUGAAAUGGUUGUCUGUCCAUACAUCGGGCAACCCAUUAAGAAAGAAGCUUUCAAGGAUCCAAAUCUUUUGCCAAACGAAUUUGAACGCUACAAACAAAAUAUAGCUAAGCACUUAACUCUACCCUUGAGAUUUACAACGUCGAUAUGUGUACAGGAUCCGAUAGAACUGUGCCACAAUGUAGCUUCUGCAAUCACGAGUAAAAUGGCUGAAGAGAUAAAAACUUAUUUUAAGUUCGCCGCAAACGCGUACGAAAAAGAGAAACUCAAUGGUUGCAAGAACUUCCUAAAGAUCAUCCUGCUUCAUAAACCGAAAAUCGUGCGAACAAAACCAAUCCUGGAAUACAGAACUAAUAUAAGCACUAGGGACCUUAUUGGUAUUGUCAACGAUGAUUGGAAGUCUGUUGUCGGAGAAAUAGUAAAAGUCAUAUUUGAGCAGAUACUUUUAAUAAAGUUGACUAAAGUAGAAGAGAAAGUGAACCCUGAUACAAAAAAAGAGAAAGUUAAAUUCACUGGAACAUUAACAAAAGCAAUAUGGAAGAGAAAGCCAUUUUCGAGGCUGUACCGGAAUCUUGAUUUUGUGGAGCAGCAGAGAAAAAUAACAGAGGAAAUAAUGAUAGUGGGUAAGCAGAUGAUCGAUUUGCAGUUUAUGUUGACAACAACUUAUAGCAAUAUUCCGAGGAGAGUUAUUCUGGCCUUGAAAAUAAUGAAUGGUGACCUGGACAACUUCAGGGAAUUUGGCAAAUUUUUAAACGGAUAUAUAUUGGAUUGGUUCAAGUGGCUGCUUAGUCCAUAUCUAACGCCAUCUGCAGCAAAGGAACCGGUCAAUGUAGCGGAAACGAUAAAGGUUUUGGACAGCAAUUUGUAUAUUAGCAAUGACAGUAACAGCUCCAGUGCUGACGAGGAGCGAAACGUCAAUGCAGACGAGUCUCUGAACUCCAAUGCAGACGAGUCCCGGAACUCUUAUGCAGAUGAGUCCGGAAGUUCUAAUGUAAACAAGUCCCGAAACUCCUAUACGGAUGAGACUCGGAACUCCAAUGCAGGUGAGUCUCAGAACUCCAAUGCGGAAGAGUCCCAGAACUCUGAUGUAGAGGAGUCCAAAAUCUCCAAUACAAAGGAGUCGCAGAACUCCAAUGUUUCACACAGUUGUUCAACAGUGUUUACAUGUCAAUGA